AUGAACAGCUUGGUGGCUACACCACCUGUGCCUCCACACUUCUACGAGUAUUCUCGUCUCUCCUCUCCACAUCCAAUGUCUACCCCUACUCAUACGCCCACCAACCGUAAACGGAAAGCCGAUGAUGAUGGCAAUGAUCACGAUGGACGGAUGUCAGCUUCUCCCACCAACUCCCCCGCCUUCACUCCUCGAUCUCUUCCGGCUCCUCGCUCCUUCAAACGGUCCCGCCCCAACGUCUCUGGCAGACCACUCUCCCUCCCUCGACUGCUCGAAACCCUUGAUACAGAUGCCUUGAGGGGAAUAUUACGGUCAAUGUGCGAGCGUCACCCGGCUUUGGCUGACGAAGUGAUUCACACAUCACCACGCCCGAGUGUUUCCUCUGCUCUUCAGGUUCUCCGCAAUUACCAAUCGACUCUACAAAAUUCAUUUCCGUUAGGUGGCAAUCCUGAGUCGGACUAUGCCUACAACCGUGUCCGGCAGCCGCUGGGGAAUCUACUGGAUGCUCUGAGUGAUUUCACACCGCAUUUCUUGCCACCACAUGAAACUCAAGCGUCCGUGUCUCUGAGUUAUCUGGACGGUGCUACAGAUAUCAUUCACGCACUGCCACGAUGGCACUCACCACAGAACAACGUAGAGCGGGACUCUGCAUAUGAUGAAAUUUGCAAGGCAUGGAUUCUGGUAAUCCGAGAGGCGGCAAAGCGUGGUGGCGGAAUUCAGCUACAGUAUGGUGGAUGGGAUCAGAAAUUGGCGAAGCAUAAUCAGAAUGCCGGCGGUCGACUUCAGGCUGCCGUUAACGAGCUUGGUAACAGCUUGGGUUGGAUGCACGGCCCAGACUCCCAAGGCUAUUCAAGUUCGACUGGUGGGGAUCUUGUCUCGGUCAGGGAACAGUUACUUUCCGGCACUUAUGGCUUGGGAACUCCCGUCAAAGUUGGACCCUGGUAA